CUGGAGGCCGGGGGGUUCUGUCGCGGGGCCGGGACCGCGCAGCCGGGAGCGGCACCGCCGCCCUUGGGCUCCCCUUGCCCUUCUGAGGCGGUCGAGGCGGCAGGUUUGGAAGAACAUUGUUCUCAGACCCUGAGAAAUCUGGACUUUGUAACACUGUGUCUGCCAAAAGGACUAUAAGGAAUUGAUACUUCCUUGUAAUUGAUUGCUUCCUUGCAAUUAGUUUUUUGGUGUUUGUACCUCUUAUUUUUCUGUGGAUUUUGGAUCGAGAAACACCAUGAGCACAACUCAGCGAAAGCGCCGUGGAGGAGCAGUUAAUUCCCGGCAGGCUCGGAAACGAAACAGGCUGGCAGCUUCUACUGCAGAAAUGGCUUCAGAAGCAGAACCAAUAGAACUUGAAGAAAGUGCUGGUGAAGAAGUAGUAGAUCUCACAUGUGAAUCUUCUGACCCUGUAGUCGUUGAUCUAACUCACAAUGAUUCUGUUGUGAUUGUUGAAGAGAAUCAACGACAAAGGAGAAAUCUCAGACUGAGGAGCCAGAGACAGUCGGACAGCUGUGUACUGAGUAGUGAUGAUGAAGAUGAAACAAGAGAUAAUGAUGUAUAUGUGACAGAUAAAGUGUCUCGAGAAUUGGGAUCACUGGAAGAUGAAACUGCAAGUUCAAAGCCGUCCGGUACCGUUAGCUGUCCGAUUUGCAUGGAUGGCUACUCGGAGAUUGUGCAAAGUGGACGACUGAUCGUGUCAACCAAAUGCGGCCACGUCUUCUGCAGCCAGUGCCUCCGUGAUUCCCUUAGGAAUGCCAACUCUUGCCCAACCUGCAGGAAGAAACUCACUCACAGACAGUAUCACCCCAUUUAUAUAUGAGUACUUCUGUUUCUCAGGACAGACUCAACUGGAUUUUUGUGGAAAAUGUCAUGUUUUCAGUGCUCUGAAGAUUUAAAGAGCAGCAGGUUGUGCACACAUCCAAAUAAAACUGAUUUUUUUCGGAGAAUAACCUGUACGCGUAUAGACAGCUUUUUUAUGGUCCAAGCUGCUUCUUGUUGUGUCCCUCAUUCUGAUGUUAAUUUUAUGACUGUCUCUAAACUAGACCAGCAGCCCGUAUCAGAAAGGAAGCAGCUAAUCCAUUUCCUUCUACCUUUUUAAUGCUUAAACAAGAGGGGUCUGAAUAUUUUGUUAUUUCUCACUCUUUAAAUGAUUCUCUCCGUCUCACAGAGGUAUGGAAUAGUUAGCUUUCAAAGUGAGCAGAUGAGCAAUUUGCCAUUUCAUUACACUUUUGUUUCUAUCCUAUAAGCAGCUCCUGACUAUAUUGCUUUCUGCUAUACCAUCUUUGCCCGAGUAGAGUAAGUUCUGUAAUGAUGGACUGUUUUAUCAUAAAUCAAAAUGAAAUUGCCAACCAGGGCAAUGCAGCAGAAUACCCUGCUGUUAACCAGCAAUCAGUUCUUUUUAAGUAGAAGGCUUGAACAUGUAGAUGUCUUUAUGAACUCCAUGAGAUCUAAAGUACAUAGACGAAAUGCAACAUGUACAAUGUGAAAAACAUUCAUAGUAGUAUUUAACUGCCAUGAAUUCCCGUAUUUGAAUCACAACACUGAAUUUUAUUUUCUAACAUGCGGAGGUGGUCUCUUGGGGUUACUACUGUUCUGUAGUGCUCUCCUGGUAACUAAGGGGAAUCUAGUCUUCUCUUGGCUUGCUAGUAAUGAAUGAGAAGCAAAUUGUAUGCUCUCCUCUUGUCAGCUGAAUACCAAACUACCUACAGAUCUUCUUACUGUAUCAAGUAUACCCAGCGUCAUGCUUAAAGUUCAGUGUGUUCACUUUACUGUUCUCUCCAGUUGUUACACUGACACCUGACUGGUUUUAGCCUGGUGCAUACGAUUAAAAAUUAAAUAAUUGUAUUGCCAUGGGUUUAGUAAAUGGAGGUUUUAAAAGAUGUUUCAUAGCAAUCUUGACUUGGCAGCUUUUUGAGAGAGUUUAAUCUCCCUUUGUCCUGAGGGUUGUUAAAUAAGCAUUUUUAAAUAAGAGAAGUCAGAUACAUGUCCUAGAAGGGAUAAUUUCUCUAUUUAAGCAAGGCAGGAAUACACAGGUUUAUGCACUAUGAUCCAGUCCCUUUUUUUUUUCCCAGGACUGAGGUAGAAAUGUCUGCUUUAAACCUGUUACAGCUAAAAUCUGCAAGCUGAUGUGGAAUCCCAGAUGAGCUAAUAUAAACAGGACUAUAGUAACUGCAUGUAGGUGGGAAGAUUAAAAUAAGUAUUUUAUGAUCCAUAUCUGCAGUAGCUGCAUCUGUGAAAGUCCAAAAUUAAACUCGGACUCUUUUGGCAGUUGGCUGAUUAUGAAAACCUUUAGAAGCACCGUUCUGUGCUCUGGUGCAGCACAAUUGUAGGCUGUGUUUAGUUAAAUCUGGUGUCUUUGCUAACCUGUUCUAGGGGUCUGUAGGAAGCCUUUAUUUAAAGGGGAUCUUCUAAUUAGCUGUCUCAAGUUCUGUAUUGAAGAUUGCAACCCAAAAUUAAAGAUUUUUUACUAGGAUGUUGAGGGAUGUUUCUGGAUGUAGUAAUACAGAAAGAGUUUUGUUUUACCAAGACCAGCUUAAGAAAUGCAACAUUUUCCCCACCCUUGUUUGGAAUAGCUUUGGUUCAGCAUUGUUAUCAGGAAUGUGCAGUUUCUGCGUUGUGGCAAUAUGGUAACUGCGGGGAAGUUACAUGCAUUUAGUUACUGUGUGCUCCCCUUGGUAAUAUAAAAUACAAGCAAGGACUGCAGGAGUCUUAGGGUAGUGUGGUGGCAACAACAGUUGGCAUUUCUCUCCCAAAAAGCAGGUAAUGGAUGAAACAAUACUAAAGAUUGCUUAAAGCAUUAAUUGCAUGAAGAGAAGCAGCCCAACAUUAAAACUGUUGAGAUAUUUAAGGGCCAUAGAAACAGCUUUCUGCCAGUGGUUUAACAAAGCGGGGGGGGGGGGGGGGGGGGGGGCGGGGAAAUUAUGGCCUAUUUUCCUUGGGUGGCUCCUGUAUGAGGGGGACAAUAAGAGGAGGGUUUAAGGGAUUACCUCUGGGAAUGAGGGCAAGUCACAUAUCUGUGCAUCUUUCACAGUGGACUAGCCAUAGCCUAAAAUGACUUUGCACAACUCCUUCCAUGUAAAUAUAACUUUAUAGUUUGUGUCUCAGUUAAGAGAUCUAAUUGAAAUUUAGGUAUUGCAAACUAUAAAGUACGUAACAAAAAAGUUUUUAGCUUUUGUGUACCCUGUGAAGUGCCACAAAUUUUGUGCAUCUCAGUGAAUUUUAAGUCUCAGUACAUGGAAAAAAUACUAAAUUGCAUUAAAUGCUUUCCACAGAGGAAAAAAGAAACCCCAAUACAUUUGAGUUUCAGUGAUGUUUCACAUUGGCAAGAACUGCUAGAUAAUAUAAAGAUUUUUUUUUUCAUUAUGUAAAUGUAUGUCUUGUUGUAUAUAGUUCAAUUUUUCCUGUAUUUAAUUGUAUUCAUGUCUGUCUGUCCCAUCGACGUUGGACUCUGCUGGUAGGCAAACAGUUCUUCUAACAGAUGAAAAUAAAAAUACCGAUUUGAUCAGUCA